CUGAAGGGCUGCAUAAUUUUCCAAACUGCAGCUUGCGAAGUUGGAAUUUUCGACCGAAGGCUUCUUCUCCGAUGGCUGGGAAAACCAUGCGGGCCGUUCAGUACGGCGGUUAUGGCGGUGGUUUUGCCGCAUUAAAGGAGGUCAUACAAGUCAAGCUAGGAACUAUAGAAGGUCGACUGACAUGCCCCUUUAACCGAGAGCUUCCAAGCCAUUGCUACUGCUUGCACCUUAGAUGUUUUAAAGCUUGGCCUGGGGCACAUUCCUAGUUAGAUGAUAAUAACCAAGUAAUUGGUGCCGUGUUAGCAUAACUAGCCAAUACUAAAUUCAGCAUGGGAGAAAGCCCGUAGCAAUUGCUUCAGGGGACAGUAUGAACUUGUAGACAUGUGAAGGACCUGCAUAAGUAAUUGCUUCAGAGGAUGCAUGUAGAGGUCCCAAUUCCUUCACCAAAGAAAGAUGAGGUCUUGCUUAAACUGGAGGCGGCUAGCAUAAAUCCUGCUGAUUGGAGGAUACAGAAAGGGAUUUUUCGACCGUUUAUUCCGGCCAAAUUUCCAUUUAUACCAGUGGGUGACGUCGCAGGAGAGGUUGCUGAUGUGGGCUCUGCAGUCAAGGAUUUCAAAGCCGGUGACAAAGUUGUAUCCGUGCUUUCCAUGAAGAACGGUGGUGGGCUUGCCGAGUAUGCUGUAGCCUCAUCAAGCCUAACUGUGCACAGGUCGCCUGAAGUAUCCGCAGCUGACGGGUCAGGCUUGCCCAUAGCUGCAUCCACUGCUCUCCAAGUGCUCAAAUCUGGCGGAGCCAAGUUUGAUGGCACUGGAAAGCCUCUGAAUGUACUCAUAACUGCAGCAUCCGGCGGCGUUGGUUCGUAUGCGGUGCAGCUUGCAAAACUUAUUGAUCUCCAUGUCACCGCAACCUGCGGCGCACGAAACAUAGAACUUGUGAAGAGCCUAGGCGCUGAUGAGGUGCUUGACUACAAGAGCUCAGAUGGCGCUAAGCUGAAGAGCCCCUCAGGCAAGAAGUAUGAUGCCGUGGUACAUUGCACAGCUGGUAUCGACUGGUCCACAUUUGCGCCAAAUCUGAGUGAUAAUGGGAAGGUUAUAUACAUCUCUCCCUCUACUAGUACCUUUCUGAAUUAUGCUAUUAAGAAGCUAACCUUUGCUAAGAAGAAGGUAGUGCCACUGUUUGCUGUGCCGAAGAAGGAAGACUUGGAGUUUCUUGUAGGGUUGGUGAAGGAGGGGAAGCUGAAGACAGUGGUGGACUCCAAGUACCCAUUGAGCAAGGCAGAGGAGGCCUGGGCUAAAAGCAUAGAUGGGCAUGCCACUGGUAAGAUUAUCGUUGAGAUUUGAGAAGAUGAAAUGCUUAUCUUUCGUGUGUAUGCUUGUUUAUAUAAAAUGAUACUUGUAAAUGUAAUAAUGUUUCAUUUGUUUGUAUGGCAUUUGUAUGAGCUUAUUGUGUGGUGUCGUCAAAAUAUGUUGCAAUGAAUACUAAUAAUAUUUUAUACGCUGUAUCUUUUGGAUUUGUUGUAGUUUAGUUAUUAAUUACUUGUAAAAGACUUCUUGGAUCAGGCAGUUGUCGGCCACUUAUUUCAUUAA